AAUUCGUGAAUCGAAAAUCUUUGAAAAGAGAUCACGAACUUUACCGUCUAUAAAAGAGUCAAUUCGGCAUUCGGACCACGAAGGAAGUUUUCAACGAUGUCAGCACCGUGCAGAUAUGCGGCUCGAAGCUGCGCGCGAUCAAUUCGCCCCAGCACUUCUUUCCGAACCUCAGCUUCCUUCAUCCAGACCACAACCCCCACGAUACAGCGACGGCACGAGACGACAGCAGCGCCUACGAGCCCUAAGAUCUCCGGUAUCGUUGACCAAAUCAGCCAAUUAACUCUUCUUGAGACCGCCGAUUUAGUUUCCAGCUUAAAGUCGCGACUAAACAUUCCCGAUUUACCUGUUGGAGGCUUUGCUGCUGCCCCAGUCGCCGCCCCUGUUGUAGAAGAGGCUGACGAGCCUGCGCCGGCUGCUCAGGAGAAGACUCUGUUCAGCGUGAAGCUGCAAUCCUUCGAACCAGCUUCGAAGGCGAAGAUCAUCAAGGAGAUCAAGAGCUUAUUAGGAUUGAGUUUGGUCGACAGCAAGAAGUUCGUGGAGAGUGCGCCCAAGAUGAUGAAGGACGCAGUACCAAAGGAUGAGGCCGAGAAGAUUAUGGCUACCAUGAAGGAGCUAGGAGCUGUUGUCGUUAUGGACUAAUCGAUCUAUCCUCAAAAAAAGAAGUUAAACACCGAUGUGUAUACAUAUAACAUAUACUGUAUAACAAUACGAAGACCCUAAACAACAGUA